GAGAUCUUGUGAAACGCAGUCUUAGGAACGUGUAUAUGUCGUCAUCUUUGUGGCUUAUAUGAAAACAACAAAGUACACAAUCACGUCGAUAAAUUGGGUAACACUUGAAUAAAUCUUCAGCGUCUUCGUAAAUGAAUUACGCGUAUUGACAUUUCGAAGUAGUUGUCGCUUGUUAGAUUCUUUUAUGAAACAUAAAUAUUGUUGUUGUCUUUGAUGUGAUAUCCUACUUAUACCGAAUGCUGUACACAAAAUUAGCAUGUAAUGCUGAUAAGAUUUGAGACAAUGUUUGUGUCGAUGAAAUUUUAAAAGUAGUUGCUCAAGUUUGUAUGUAACAGUGAUCUACUUUACACCACACUCUCUUUAAUAUAAUAAUUUGCAUAACUCAACGGCCAGUGAAAGGAAUUGUGUAAACGUCUUUAAUUAAACAAUAUAAUCAAAUAUGUCAACUUUGGAAGAUAAAAUUUUGGGAGAAAAGUUACAUUACUAUUGUAGUAGUUCAGAGGAUGAAGGGAACGAUUCAGCUGACUCUGAUAAAGAUUCGGAUGAUGAAAAAUAUGAGACGGUGAUUAAGGAUCCCGUAGAACCAUCGUUCUCAGAAUGGGGUGGAACUUCCAGUAAUACAGGGCCAAAGGGUGUAAUAAAAGAUUGGCAACGUUAUAAACAAUUAGAGGCAGAAAAAAGAGAUGCAAAUGAAAAAGAAAGACUUCAAUUAAUUAAAAAGUUAAGUCUAUCAUGUCGGACCACUUUAGACGAAGAAAAAGAACUUUUACAAACUGAUCCAGAUUUAGCUGAAUUAUUAGCCGAUGAAUUUCUUCUGGAGUAUCAAAGACAGAGAAUGAAAGAGAUGCUUUCAAGAGCAGAAAAACUUCGUUUUGGUAAAGUUAUUAAUUUAGAAACAACAGAUUAUUUUUUGGAAGCAAUUGACAAUGAAGACAAGUCUGUAACAAUUGUUGUUCAUAUUUAUGAGAAUAAUGUCUCUGGCUGCGAAGCUAUGAAUGGAUGUUUAAUAUCGGUUGCAGAAGAUUACCCCUUUGUAAAAUUUUGUAAAAUUCUAGGUUCAGUGGCUGGACUUAGUAAACAUUUUAAAAGAGAAGGAGUACCAGCUUUAUUAGUUUACAAAGCAGGUCAAGUAAUAGGAAAUUUUGUUCAUGUAACAGAUUACCUAGGAGCAGACUUUUAUGCAUCGGAUGUUGAGACAUUUUUAAUUGAACAUGGUAUGCUUACCGAUAAAAAUUGUGUACCUGCCAUCGUUUCGCAAAACGACAAUACAUUAUCAGACAGUGAAUAAAUAGAAUGGAUAAGCC